AUGGGAUCCACCCCCAAGAAACUCAUCGUCGUCUUCACGGCCACCGGAGACCAAGGCCGUUCAAUCGUCAGCCAACUAGCCAGCGACGGAAAGUACGCAGUACGAGCCCUGACGCGAAACCCCUCCUCCCCAGCCGCGCAAAAACUAGCAUCCCAAGGAGCAGAAGUCGUCGAGUGCUCCCUCGACUCCGACACGGACGUGCGCAACGCCGUCAAAGGAGCAUGGGCCAUCUUCGCCAACUCGGACUUCUUCUCCACCUUCACCGUCGAAGCAGAAGCGGCGCAAGGCCGACGCAUCAUCGACGCUGCCUCAAAGGAACCCGGGCUGGAAAUCUUCAUCCAGUCCUGCUUCCCGCCCGUCGCGGACUACACCAAAGGCACAUGCCCGGGCCUCCUGCACUACGCCGCCAAGAAUGAAAUCAACCGCAUCAACCGCGAAGAGUACCCCGCGGUAUGGGCGAAGACGACACAAGUGUUCGUAGGCUACUACUACAGCAACUGGAUCAAAUUCGCCGUCCCGUUCGGGCCCAAAAAGGUGGCAGGACCGGAUGGCAGCGCGGAGCUCGUGCAAUCGAUUCCCUACCCGGGCACCACACCACUUGCCUCUUUCGACAACGACGAUAUGGGCCUCGUCAUCGCCGCCAUCCUCGACAAGCCGCAAGCCUUCCACACCAAAAUCGUCGCCGCCACCGGCGGCUGGAUAAGCGACAACGACAAGCUCGCGAGCGUAGGCAAAGCCCUCAACAUCAAAACCCGCUUCACCCAAAUCUCCCCCGAAGCCUACGUCUCCUUCCUCGAAUCCACGCAGGCCUUCCCCCCGCACAUCGUGCAAGACCUGUCGGACCAAAUGAAGCUGAUCCGCGACUUCGGGCUGGCGUACAUGGAUCCGCAGGGCCCGUACAAGGUGAUUGCCGCCAAGGACAUCCUGCCUGCGGGGCGGAAACUCACGACGUGGGAUGAGUGGGUGAGGCGGGCGGAUUGGUCGGCGAUUAUGGGGUGA